GCAGGAUGUCGGAGGUGCGGCUGCCACCGCUACGCGCUCUAGACGACUUCGUUCUAGGCUCGGCACGUCUAGCGGCCCCUGAUCUAGGCGACCCACAGCGAUGGUGCCACCGCGUCAUCAACAACCUCCUCUAUUACCAAACCAACUACUUAAUCUGCUUGGGCAUCGGUCUUGCCCUGGCUGGAUACUGGCGCCCACUGCAUAUCCUCCUAAGCGCACUGGUAGUAGCGGUGGCGCUGGGCGUGCUUGUGUGGGCGGCUGAGACCCGCCCAGCCAUGCGCCGUUUCCGACGCAGCCACCCUGCUGCCUGCCUGGCCGCUGUGCUUGCCAUCAGCUUCCUCGUUCUCUGGGCCGUGGGAGGCGCUUGCACCUUCCUGCUCGGCAUCGCGGGGCCUGUACUCGUGAUCCUUGUGCACGCCUCGCUGCGCCUGCGCAACCUCAAAAACAAGCUUGAGAACAACAUGGAGAGCAUUGGUCUCAAGCGGACGCCCAUGGGGCUGCUACUAGAGGCGUUGGGACAAGAGCAGGAGGCUGGAUCCUAG